AUGUUCACCAUGCUCGUCCACACCUUCGUCCUCCUCCUCACCGCGACGGCCGCCCUCGCCGCCCCGGCUCAGCACCGUCACUGGCCGCGCUUCACCGUGCCCCAGCAGCACUUUGAGGUCCUCGGCAUGCGCGCCCAGACGGAGGUUAACCCGGCUGCCGUGUUGGAGGCGACGUGCAUCGACCGCAACGCCCACAUCGUCUCCCACGACGCAAACUCAGCCGAGCUCGCCAUCUGCGGCGGCAUCUCUGGCUCCGCGACCGCCUGCAAGGGCAACCCGUCCACCACCGUCGGCCAGUCCGGCUCCGCCCGCUUCACCAUCAAGCCCACAACCGCAGGCGCCACCAUCAACAUCUCCAAGAACAAGUGGGAGCAGUGCGUCCGCGCUGCUCGCGACAAGUGCCCUACCGGCAGCGUCCGCGCCACCUGCUCCGGCGGCGCCACCUCCGGCGACGUCGAGUUCAUCCUCGAGGCCAUGCCUCCGUCUGGCGAGCUGUAA